GCGGGGCUCCAGAGCAAGUACUUCCACCCAGAGGGAGAGGGGCGUCCUUACUGUCGAACUGCCCCUCCCAUGGUCCUGCCCACUCCGGGGGGCACCUCAGCUGGAGUGCUGCGGGGACCCCGGAGGUUGAACGCUAAGCAUGGGGAAGAGCUGCAAGGUGGUCGUGUGUGGCCAGGCAUCUGUGGGCAAAACUUCAAUUCUUGAGCAGCUCCUGUACGGGAACCAUGUUGUGGGUUCUGAGAUGAUUGAGACCCAGGAAGACAUCUAUGUGGGCUCCAUUGAGACAGACCGAGGGGUGCGGGAGCAGGUGCGUUUCUACGACACUCGGGGUCUCCGGGAUGGGGCCGAGUUGCCCAGGCACUGCUUCUCCUGCACUGACGGCUACGUCCUGGUCUACAGCACAGACAGCCGAGAGUCGUUCCAGCGUGUCGAGCUGCUCAAGAAGGAAAUCGACAAGUCCAAGGACAAGAAGGAGGUCACCAUCGUGGUCCUUGGCAACAAGUGUGACCUGCAGGAGCAACGUCGUGUAGACCCUGAUGUGGCCCAGCACUGGGCCAAGUCAGAGAAGGUGAAACUAUGGGAGGUGUCAGUGGCUGACCGCCGCUCCCUCCUGGAGCCUUUCAUCUACCUGGCCAGCAAGAUGACCCAGCCCCAGAGCAAGUCUGCCUUCCCCCUCAGCCGCAAGAACAAGGGCAGUGGCUCCUUGGAUGGCUGAA